CAUAAAAAUGUUUUUUUGACAGAUUUUCUGUUUUUGGGCUCCGCCUUUGGUCUCGUUCUCUUUUUUUUUGCUGCUCCCUGUUGGACCUCUCUCCCGUCUCUCUCUCUAUCUCUCGCUCUAGAAUCUCAGAGCUCGCCCUCUACCCGGUUUGACGAAGCUAAGUGACUGGAGUUGAAGGUUUCUGGGGAGAAAGUGGGACAUGGCUGGGACUGCGAGUGGUGACGCUGGAGCUGGAAGAACUGCUGAUGGGAUUUCAAGUGGGCAGCGCUGCCAGUCAGGUGAAGCCUUGGCCGAAUGGCGAUCUUCCGAGCAGGUGGAAAAUGGAACUCCAUCAACUUCACCCCCUUAUUGGGACACUGAUGAUGAUGACGACGGUGGGCUGAAACCCUCACAAUUAUAUGGAAAAUAUACGUGGAAGAUUGAAAAAUUUUCACAGAUCAACAAGAGAGAACUCCGUAGUAAUGUUUUUGAGGUUGGCGGCUACAAAUGGUACAUUUUGAUUUAUCCCCAAGGCUGUGAUGUCUGCAAUCAUCUCUCUUUAUUUCUCUGUGUUGCCAACCAUGACAAGCUUCUUCCAGGUUGGAGCCAUUUUGCCCAGUUUACUAUAGCUGUGGUGAAUAAAGAUCCAAAGAAAUCAAAAUACUCUGAUACAUUGCAUCGUUUUUGGAAGAAAGAGCAUGAUUGGGGUUGGAAAAAAUUUAUGGAGCUGUCAAAAGUUUCGGAUGGAUUCUUAGAUGCUGCUGACACUCUCAUUAUCAAGGCUCAAGUCCAAGUCAUCAGGGAGAAAACAGACAGGCCUUUUCGUUGCCUUGACUGUCAAUAUAGGAGAGAGCUUGUCAGAGUAUAUCUGACAAAUGUAGAGCAGAUCUGUCGACGCUUUGUAGAAGAGAGACGGGGCAAGCUUGGUAGAUUGUUGGAGGACAAAAAUAGGUGGUCAAGCUUUUGUGCUUUCUGGUUGGGAAUGGAUCAAAAUUCUCGGCGCCGCAUGUCUAGGGAGAAGAUGGAUGUUAUUCUUAAAGUAGUUGUAAAGCAUUUCUUCAUAGAGAAGGAAGUUACAUCAACUUUGGUGAUGGAUUCCUUGUAUAGUGGGUUAAAGGCUCUCGAAGGACAAACUAAGAACAAGAAAGGAAGAGUCAAGUUAUUGGACGCUGAAGAAAUCCCAGCUCCUAUUGUACGUGUUGAGAAGGAUACAUUUGUUUUAGUGGAUGAUGUGCUGUUAUUACUUGAGAGGGCUGCUAUGGAACCCUUACCUCCUAAAGAUGAGAAGGGCCCUCAGAAUCGCACAAAGGAUGGGAAUUCCGGGGAUGACUUUAACAAGGAUUCCAUUGAGCGUGAUGAAAGGCGACUUACAGAAUUGGGCCGCAGGACUGUCGAAAUAUUUGUCCUUGCUCACAUCUUCAACCAUAAGAUUGAAGUUGCCUACCAGGAAGCUGUUGCUUUGAAGAGGCAAGAAGAGUUGAUUCGUGAAGAAGAAGAAGCAUGGAUGCUUGUGAGCGAACAAAAGGCUAAGCGUGGUGCAACUGAAAAGGAAAAGAAAUCUAAGAAAAAACAAGCUAAACAGAAGCGCAACAAUCGCAAGGGGAAGGAGAAAGGGAAGGAAGCUGCAGCAGCAUUAGACAACCACAUGGACGAGAAUGCUAGCAAUGAGAAACAAGUUCCCCUUAUCAAUGAGGCGCAACCUAUGGACGAGAAGCCUGAUGUGCCAGAUGAUGUCUGUUAUGUUUCUGAUUCACUCGAUGGUCUUGAUGAAACCCUCCAGCCUGAUUCUGAAGACAGAGAUGUGAGUCCUGUGAAUUGGGAUACUGAUACCUCAGAAGUUCAUCCGCCCGCUGAAGCCAGCAGCAGCGGGGUUAGUGGAUUAUCAUCAGGUGCAAAUGGAACUUCCGAGAAAAGAGGUGUGUCUGCGAUGGAUGAUAGUUCGUCAACAUGCUCAACUGAUUCCGUGCCCUCUGUAGUUACAAAUGGACCCUACAAAGGAAGCUCAUUUUCAAGCUACCAGUGUGAAAAAUCGCCUAGCAGGGGGAAAAACCACCGAGGUAAGAUAGCAUGUGAUGGGAGUUGGGGUUCUGAAGCAGAUAGUCAACCCUCUGGUUCUGCAACAGAGUCAGGAGAUCUUAAUGCUACAACUGCAAAUGGCAAGUCUGAUGAAUGUGCGUCUGUGGCGGUUGCCCGAACUUUGCAGGAUACAACAACCAGAGCUGAGCAGCAUGUGGUUAAAAAGGAGAAAGUUGCAUCACCAUCCAAGAAACCAAGCACCACAAAUAUUGUUGAGUUGGAAAAGCACUCUAAAGAGAAGACAGCAUCAAUACAAACUUCUCCAGCUAGCCCUUCUAAAAGUCCAGUUCCUGUGAUUCGAACUAAACCAGAAAAGAAGAUAUCUCCUACGGUAGAUACUUCUGUACAAGCCAAGAACAAAAUAUCUUCUUCACCUUCACCACAACCGACAGCUGAGAAAGGACCAGCCGGUACCCACAACAAAAAUACAAGUCCAUUACUCAGACCUGAAACCCAAAAUGCUGCAUCGGCUCCAAAAUUGCCCGAAAAGUCAACACAACAGCAAGUCCCUGUUGUUGUUUCAAGGCCCUCUAGUGCUCCUCUGGUGCCUGGACCUAGACCGGCUACUCCUGUAGUAUCCUCAAUGGCUCAAACAAGUCCUUCAAUUUCUCGGUCAGCGAGUGCAACCGGCCGUUUAGGUCCUGACCCUACCUUGACCUCACACAGCUAUAUCCCUCAGUCCUACCGGAAUGCCAUUGUUGGAAACUCUGCUGUCCCAACUUCAACCAGUUACAGUCAUCCCAGCUCACCAAGUUCUGUAAGGAAUUUGUCGACGACAGCCACACAACAGAACUCGGUGCAAUCUGGUUACCCUCCAUUUGCAAUGAUGACAUCAAGGGAUGUGUUGCAUAACGGACAUCAGUGGAUUGAAAGUUCUCAGAGGGAUUCAAGCAGAGGUAUGCACUAUGAUUCUUCUCCUUCGUCCAUGCUUAAUGGAAUUCAGAACCUCGACUUGUACAACCGUGCUCAUGGCAGCAGCGGGGUUUCCCGAGGGGAUCACUUCCCUGCAGAGUUGCCGACCUCCACAUCCGGUCGCCAGAAUCAAGUUGGUGUUUCAACAGACGAGUUCCCGCAUCUCGAUAUCAUCAACGACUUGCUAGAUGACGAGCAUGUUAUCGGGAGGACUGCGGAAGGAUUCCACCCUUUUGGCAAUAACGAACCCCACUACUUGUUUAGACAUUCAUCUUUCCCUAGUGAUCUGGGACCAUCUGGUGGCGGUGAUUUAUGUUCCUCGACCACCAGCAGCAGCAGCAGCAGUAGUUCGUGCAGGUUUGAGAGGGCGAGGAGCUACCAGGACGGUGUGUUCCAGAGAGGGUACAGUUCUUUUGGAGGGGGGCCGUAUGACUCCAUUAGGGACUACAUCCCACAGGGUACAACUAGUCCGUUGCCUUACAGUAACGGGCAGAUGAUGGAUGGCUUGAUCUCUAACCAGUGGCAGAUGUCGAGUACGGAUCUUUCUUUCGCCGGGAUGAGGAAUUCAGAUGGUGAUCGUGGGUCGCCGGCCUACUUCAGCCCCGACUAUUCGAAUUUGGCUUGUGGGGUGAAUGGGUAUGCAGCAUAUCGGCCUUCGAAUGGACAUUAAGAAAGAAGAGGGAAAUGGUAUGGAGAAGCGGGAAGUACCAGAGCCAGGUUUAAGAGUCUGGGGUGUUGGUAAUCAUCCGCUUGUAAUAAUGUGAGAGGUCCUUAGAUUGCAGUGAUGGAAGGAUGGAUGGAUGAGGUUGUAUUCUUCUUUUUCUUUUUUCAUAAGGAAUACGUUCUGUAAAGAGUGUUCUUUUCGUCCCUUUUUUCUGUGGUUUUCUUAUUUAUAUGCCUCCAACCCUUACCAAGCUUUUUUUAGUUUGCUAUGAUGAGGCUUCAAUUUCAAUUCAGCAGCCUCUUUUUCUGACAGUCACUCUGCUUGAUGCAUUUCAUAAUUGUGGUAUCCACGCAAAAAGUCCAGCGGCCUUGGCCGGAGUACUACAGGUGCUGUUUCUGCAGGUCGAGCGGUAUCAAACCGUGGUUGUUGAUACUUAAUUAAUACUGGGACCGCCAACGAGAAGCAAAAUCGACAUGCUCAGGAUUUUGGAAUGCUUGGAUGCUCGAACCUAAAAGAAGGAAAAUCGAGACGCAAAGAACAGACUAAAGAGAAGAACUGAAAUCUAUACGCGUUUGAGAUUCUGGAACAGUAGGCGACACUGAAAUCAGAUCAAACUACAUUAGUUCAUUAAUUAUUCCAUCUUUGCUUUUCUCUGUCAAGAAACCUUAAACCGAACAUUCUGUCAAGUAACAUAGCUAGGUUUGAGUCUGUGAAAGACACCUCUUUCAUUCAACUCAAGAGGAUAGAUACAACCAUGAGAAAUUGGUUG